AUGCACGAUAUUGACGGAUUGAGAGAUGAGCCUUUCACGUGGUCUACAGGCGGAAGAGUGAAGCGUUUGGCUACGGCUCAAGAUGAGCCUUACUUGUUUUGGUCUGCUUCUGAGGACGGCUAUGUCAGAGAGUACGAUGCUAGGACCAACGCGGAUGACAAGUUGAUUAAUGCAGAAGAAAAACAUGUAAAAUCGUUUGCAGUCUGUCAAGGACGUACUGAAUUUGUGGCUGUCGCUACGGAUGAAGCUGCUGUCCCUAUUUACGACAGAAGAAAACCGGAUAAGCCCCUUCUGACGUGUGUAAAUGCUGACGAUAAAUGCCACAGCAAUUUUACUUACACCACUCAUGUUUCGUUUGAUGAAAUGGGAACAGAACUACUUGUGAACCAAGGGUGCGGUCCCAUAUAUUUGUUCAAGUUGAAGUGUGAUGAUCGGCCAACAGUUUUGCAGAAAAUAAAAUCAAUAAUUGAAAGCGAGGAAGAAGGAAAAUUGAACUUUCAGGCUAUCGAGAUCUACAGUCGAGCUCUUAGUCUGUCACCCGGUAACUAUGAUCGAAGUAUACUUUUGGCAAAUCGUGGCAUGGGUUAUCUUUGUCGUAGGUGGGAAGGCGAUUCCUAUGCCUGUGUUCGCGACUGUGUGGAGGCACUGCUUCUUUAUCCUGGAAAUUCCAAAGCAUUAUGGCGGCUCACGCGAUCUUUGAUGUUGUUGGAGCAAUGGGAGUUAGCAAAAGAAUGUAUCGAAGUUUUCAAAAAACGUUUCCCCAAUGAUCGGUCUAUAGUUCGACUUUCUGAUCAGAUAAGUGUCGCAAUGGACUCAGCUCAUGCUCAUCAGUCGCAUGUUAUGUGCGACGACAGCAAUUUUGUUGAUUAUAGUGAGAGGUUUUGUGGGCAGACGAAUACACACACCGAUAUCAAAGAGGCUAACUUCUUCGGAUCAAGAAAUCAAUAUGUUGUUGCCGGAUCUGACUGCGGGUCUUUACUGUUAUGGGAGCGUAGCUCCGGUGUACUUGUUGCUGCAUGGAAUGCUGAUCAAUCGAUUCUGAAUAUCGUACAACCCCAUCCCACCCAAUUCAUGCUAGCCACGUCUGGCAUCGAGGAAGUGAUCCGAUUAUGGCAACCCAUGGAGGAGGGCAAAGAGUGCGAAAGACGAAUAGCAGAACCAUGGUCUCACUUCGGCCAGCGUAAUCGACGUACUGCGGACGAGCGGGAUAUAUUUCUACGAUUUAUUGGAUCUCGAAUGAUGGGAAGAAGCCCUGAACGUCCGGAAUGCGUGACAAGCUAG